CUGGAAGAUGACAGUCAAAGGUUCGUCUUAUUGAGGACGUAUCACAUCGUCAGCAACUGCCCACCUAAGAUAUGUGCCACCUGCUCACGAUGUUCGCUAUCUGAAUGGCACCGAGCGUCAGCGGCAGCUAUGUGGAAGGUGGAAACAGAGUCAGCCAGGCGAACUUGAACGCCUUCAGCGAGCGCUUGUUACGUGACCGGCCAAGCUCAGAAGUUUCAGGUACAUCCUCACCUCUUCGACCCGCCAACACGCCGUCAGAGCAUCGGUCUGUUGACCUCAAUCACAAUGGUCACCCUGGCUCGGGAACUCCGAGCGACGUGAUGAACCCGCCUGUACAAGAGCCUUCUACCGGACGCCGCUUCCACCCAGAUGCCUCCAUCGUCUUGGUGGGCAUUCGUGCAUCCGGGAAGAGGUCUUUGGGCCUCAUUGCAGCCACCGCCCUCGGGAGAAGGUUCAUCACCGAAGACCAUUACUUUCAGACUGUCAAUGGACUCUCUCGACAUGAUUAUCUGAAAGUCCAUGGCAGUGAGCAAUUUCACAGACAAGACGUUGAAACCUCCAGGCGCAUGCUUGAAGACAACCGGCACAGAUGUCUCAUAGAGUGCGGCUUAGGCAGCUUAACAAGCAGCCUUCAGGGCUACCUCAGACAUUACUGCCAGACGAAUCCAGUCAUAUUUGUGCUGAGGGACAUGGAUCAUAUUAAGACAUUGCUCAGCCUUGACGACCGAUCAGCGAAGUUGCUCGAGAAUGGAAAUUAUACACAUAGGAAAUGCUCGAACUUUGAGUACUACAACCUUGAAGAUGAGUCGACCGACACCCAGUCCGACACCGACAUCACGGAUCGAACCUCGCCCAACUACUCUUUUAAGCUUAAGAAUGCCCAAGCCGAUUUCUCUUGGUUUGUGCGCUUCAUCAGCGGGUCGACCUCAUCGCCGUCAAACACCAUUUCUCCAUUCUCCAUGGACGUUCCUGUUGAGCGUCGUACAUACACCCAUGCACUUCUGGUCAGGUUGUCUGAUUUUGUGGCUGGUCGGAUCGAUUUUUCCGCAUUGGAGUCUACCGGUGAUGUCCUGGAGAUCUUUGUGGACGAGUGGCUCGCUACGACUCCGAAUGUCUUGAGUAAAAUGGUCGCUGUCGCAAGGAGAGCCCUCAAACUGCCCAUCUUGCUCUCGGUAAGCAACGCAAAUUCUUUGGCUUCACACGACGAGACUUACUUGGCCAUUCUGAGUCAAGCGCUUCGUCUCGGUGUCGAGUAUGUGUCGGUGGCCCUCGAUCUUGAUGAACACAAGCUCGCAAAACUCAUCGCUACCAAGGGCAACACCAAGAUUGUUGGAACUCACAUCGAAGAUUCGCCAAACGACGAAGGCUGGAAAGAUUCGAAAUGGGAUCUGCUCUACAAAAGGGCUCUGAGCUCUCGAGUAGACGUGGUCCGAUUUCUCAGCGCUCCAGUAUCUCGCCGUGCCAACCAGACCCUAACUUGGUUCCUGGAGGAAUUGGAAGAUCUUCAUGAAGCUCACCCUGUCAUUUCUGCAUUCAACCUUGGCCCACUCGGACGAACCUCACAAAUGAUGAACCCAGUCUUAACGUCAGUCACCCAUUCUUCCUUGCCACAAUGCCAGGCAACCGGAGAGGAUCAUCUUCAGCCCCUGCUGUCUUCCAGAGACAUCAUUGCUGCUCUUUUCGAUAGCUAUGUCUUCGACUCCCUCGAUUUCUAUAUUGUCGGAGCGAACGUUUCUGGCUCUUUGUCACCCCCCAUGCACAACGCAGCGUACGCCCUCCUCGGUCUCCGCCAUCGCUACAGUACCUUGAAUAUAAAGUCUUGGGCAGACGUCGAAGCGCUUGCGAACAAAGACACACUUGGUGGUUUGAGCAUAGUUCAACCGUACAAAGUGAAGAUUGUGCCUGAAAUUGGCGCUUUGACCGCCCACGCUCGUGCUAUUGGAGCAGUCAACACCGUCGUACCAAUCCGGGCAAAUCUUGCUGGUGCUGUUCCUCCUUUACAAAUCCAAGCACAGGAGAGGAAUCGCGCAGGUCGCAUUGUGGGCUGGUUUGGAGAGAAUACGGAUUACAUUGGCAUCAUGACGUGCGUAAAUAGGAGUUUGUCUCCUCGUAACGCUGUUCAGCCAAGAUCAACAGCGCUCGUUGUUGGAGCCGGCGGAAUGGCUAGAGCUGCAGUCUACGCGAUGCUACAACUGGGCUGCAAGAACAUCUUUGUAUACAACCGGACUAUCGCGCAUACAAGAGCCAUUGUUGCCCACUUCAACGACUGGGCUAGGUCCCAGUCUAGCGGUCAAGGGCCAAUGUUCGCGCAAGAUCCAGUCAGGGUCAUUGAUAGCCUUGCCGAUCCCUGGCCUUCAUCAUUUUCUCUACCCACGAUCGUUGUGUCUUGUGUCACACAUGAACUUCUCGAUGGAAACCCUGGUGCUGAUUUUGAGUUGCCGGCCUCAUGGAUUCAGUCUCAGACCGGUGGAGUGGUCGUUGAAAUGGCCUACAUGACAAACGAGACACCUCUGAUCAAGCAGAUGAAAGAGUACAGGAAGAUGACUAGCACACCGUGGGUCCUGGUUGACGGUAUCGAAACUUUGAUCGAGCAAGCUGUAACUCAAUUCGAGACGAUGACGGGCAGAAAGGCACCAAAGCGUUGUAUGGCUGAUGCUGUCAACAAUUCACUGAGGGAAAAUGUCUCGUACAUGAUAGAUGGUGAGGAGUUCUUUUCCUAGAACCAUGGAAGCUGAAUGAGCAUUUUUGAGCACUACGAGCUGUUCGACAUGUCCAGAAUUCAGAUACGACCUUUAUUCCGAGGCAGGGCAGAGUCCUUCAAGUCGGAGGCUUCAUGUGACCCUGCACCGCAUCCCUGACUACGCUUCUCAGGGUGUUGUCAGCCUCCACACCAGUCCACAGACUUGCUUGGGCCAGCCCUUGCCCGAUCAUCGCUUCUACGCCGCCAAUGAGCUGCCACCCUGCAUUCAAAGCAAGCCUGGAAAUUUCGGUGUCUGGUGACGGAUGGUAGCACAUUUCCAGCAAGGCACCUUUCUCCGUCGUGCUCAAAAAUGUUUCAAGAAUUUCCCGUACAGCUCUUUCGUUUUCGGUGACGGGUGGAAAGUCUGGAACCGCACUGACCACAGCCCCUGGGGCCGGCAGCUGCCGGGCUUGCUCGGUUGUCGUUACAUGGAUCAAGUCAUCUCCUCUUCCUCUUUCCCGAAAUUCCUGUAACACAGCCUCGACUUCACUGCCGUCUCGGUUGAUGAUAUACACGGGCACGCAACCCAUCAAUCUUUGCAAAGCAUAAAUCGCUGCCCUGCAGGUACCUCCUCCUCCGACCACGAGACCUGGUUUUCCUCGAUAUGGGGAACCCCUGACAUUCGUGAGGAAAGCGUCCCGGAUCCCUAUGCAGUCGGUGUUUGUGCCGCAAUAUGAUCUCGACCCGUCUGGUCCAGUCUUGAAAAAGAUCGUGUUAACAGCACCAAUAGCCUUUCCCUCCUCCGUAAGCUCGUCGAGUUGAGGAAUGACUGCAACCUUGAAAGGCAUUGUAACGCCACUGCCGAUGCAUUUUGCGUCACCUCUGAGAUGGCUCAUGAACCCAUGAAGGUCAUUUGUCUCGCAGAGCAGCUGAGCCCAAUUUCUCCCUGUGGCUGUAUAGAUCGCACGAUGGAGCAACGGCGACUUCGAGUGUGCAAUAGGAAAGCCCACCAGGUAGGCUACCCGAUCGAAAGCAGCCGUAUCUGGCGCUGAGAUUUGAGGCAUGGGUGGAGAAAUAUACCUCAAUUCUGCC